UGACAAAAAAAAUCGUAGCGGUUUCAAGCUAUUUUUAACGGGUACAAAGGGUACAAAACCCUGGUUAGAGUGUCGUAAUAAUGGAUACGCGAUAAAAAGGUAAAAUUCGAUAAUGAGUUACGGGUUUUCAACGCUAGGAACUCGGCUCAGACACAAAGAAAUUGAAUCCAAAGAAGAGAAAGAAGUCUUGGUGGCAAGAUCACAUUAUGAAACAUUCCUUUACCUACGAUCCAGAAAAUCCGGGAGAGCCGACGACUAUUGGAACCUACUUUAUGCCCCGUUUUCACAGGAUGACGACACAGUUGCCCUUGUCCAAAGGGUUGAUCCAGAGUUAGGCACCCAAGCACCGAUAUCUUCGCUUCCCCCACAAUGGAUUGAUGCCGUGGAGGAGAUCCAAUAUGAAAUAACAAGAAUAAAACAGAGAAUGAAAGAUUUAUCUACUCUUCAUGACCGUCACCUUAAUAGACCGACACUUGACGAUAGCAUUGAUGAGGAGCAGACCAUUGAGAUAACCACAAAAGAAAUCACACAGAUGUUCCACCAGUGUCAGAAUGCAGUCCAGAAAAUGAGCCGUCAGUCCAGAACAGCUGGCAAACAAGAGCAGAGGUUACUAAAGAAUGUUAUAUCCUCACUGGCUGUUAGCUUACAGGAGUUGUCAACAAAUUUUAGGAAAAGUCAAUCAACAUACCUUAAGCGGUUAAAGAAUAGAGAAGAACGCGAGAGGCAGUUUUUUGAUACAGGAUUACCAUCAACUAGUAGUGCUUUAAUGAAUGAGGAUGUUGUCGAAGAUGACGAUUUAUAUGACAGAGGUUUUACAAAUGAUCAGAUGAGAUUAGUAGAAGAUAACUCAGCAAUCGUUGAGCAGCGAGAAAAAGAGAUUCAGUCUAUUGUACAGUCUAUAUCCGAACUGAAUGAAAUUUUCAGGGAUUUGGCUACUAUGAUUGUGGAACAGGGGUCCAUACUUGACAGAAUAGAUUAUAAUGUUGAACAAGCUUCAGUGAAAGUUGAGCAAGGUCUGGAACAGUUAAAAAAGGCUGAACAGCACCAGAAAAGCUCAAGAAAGAUGCUCUGUAUUAUACUAAUAUCAGUCGUUUUAAUUAUCUUACUGGUAGCCCUUGUCAUUACAAAGUCAUAAAAGUCUCUUACUACAAAAAGCUUCAUCUAGAAAGAAAUCUGAAAUAUGUGAUGCUGAAUCACUCAAGAAGCAGAGUUUUUUUAAGACUUACUGAUUUUUUUUCUAAUCUCUUCUGGUGUAAAAUAGGACUGUCAAAUAUUCCAACUAAAAAUUAGUGUGCCAAUGAGGUUCAUGAUAAACAGUUUUAUGUACAUAUCAGGAAGCUCAAUAAUCACAAUACUUUCGAAAAAUGCUCAAAUUAAUAUACACUUGCUCUAUUAUUCGGUUAUUCCAUUGAAAAGAAAUUCAUAUAUUUAUCCUGCAUGCUUGUCAAUCUCUCCCCAUUCUCUUUUCUUGAACACAAAAAAAAAACAAUGAAUUUUGCCCCUCUUUCCUGAAUUCCUUCAUUGGCAUUCCAUUAGAAUUGGAUUAGAGCUGGAGCUGCCUCUACGAGAAGGGGUUUCUUUCUCUGUUUUUUUCUUUUCUUAUUCAUGCAAUUAUUGCAUUCAAUUCCAACAAAACAUUAACAUGCUAGUAUUCUAAGGUGCAUUUGCCAAAGUAUAGUGGCAAAUCAACAUGUACAAUGAUUCCAUAGGGAGGAGGGGUUGAGGGCAGGGCAGAGGGGGUGAUGGUAGAAGGUAAAAAUGCAUUGUGUAGGAAUUGAAAAGGCUGGUUGUAUCUGUUGCCCUAUUACAUGGUACAGAUGAGAAAUACACAUAUAUAGCUAUGGAGAACUUUGGAUUGAUUCAUAUCUUACUUGACAUGUUCUAGUGUAAUAAGAAUAGGGUUACAUGUUUUAUGCUUCAAUAUAAUAUUGUAAAUAAAACAAAAUACAAUACACCAAAAA